GGCCGGGUGACCUGCAAACAUUGCAAGAAGAGUUUCGCUUCGUACGACCGUUUAAUACAACAUUGGAAUCGUCACAUGAGAUACUACAGGUGCACUAUAUGCGGUUGGACUUCGAAUCUGCAAGUGGUCGUAAUACAACACAUAAAUGUGGCACACACGAAGAUCUUCACUUGCGUUAAAUGUGAGAUGAAGACUAGCACUGUAAAAGAUUUCAAGAAACAUUAUAAAGAGGCGCAUUUGCGAAUAGUGUGCGACCAUUGUGGAAAGAGCUUUAUAAAGAAACGCUCGCUGGAGACACACAUAAAACGCCAUCACCUGCCGCCAACUUGCGAAUUGUGCAACAAGACAUACUCGCAGUACCACAAUCUGGACAACCACUACCGGCUCAACCACCCGGAGUUGCUCAAGCUGGAGAACAAGGAGUUGGCGUACUGCGUGGAAUGCAACAAGCAGUUCCCCAGCGUAUACAAGUACAAGAGGCAUUUGGCGAGCGCAGCGGUCCACACGCCGCCGAAAAUCGAGAGCGUGCCGUGCCCAGAGUGUGGAAAGGUGUUUUCAAGGAAAAUCCGAAUGACUAACCACGUGAUGUCCGUGCAUAAGAAGAAUACGAAACAUAGAUGCGAUAUUUGUAAUAAGACAUUCUGCUCGGCGUAUUCGGCGCGUACGCAUAGACAAUGCGUUCACGAAAAAAUACCGCUGCCGAAGAACAAGUACUGUGAUAUAUGCGGGAGAGGAUUCAGUACGAACCGCAUCCUAACGAACCAUAGACGGACUCACACCGGCGAGCGGCCGUACCAAUGUCCGCAUUGUCCAGCCACCUUCGCUCAGAGGAUCGCGAUGAAAACACACGCCAAAACACAACACAAAAACCUUAGUAUGGACAUCGGGGAUCUUAAAGACCCGACGGGAAUUAAAAUUAAAAUGUACACCAAAUCAGGAAUAAAUGAUAUGUGCAAAGUUUGUUUAUCAACAGGCAGGACUCUUACUCCAUUGGGAAAAUAUUUAUAUUUAUUUACGAAAAUCUGUCGGAAGUUAAAGCCAGUUUAUAAGUCUGCGAAUCUUCUAAUAUGUUGGGAAUGCCACAAUUUAUUGCAAAAGGUGGAAAAAUUCCAACAGAAAGUACUUACAGCUCAGAAUAUCUUGCAAAAUUUGGAAAAUUCACUGGAUGGGAAUACACAGUACAAUUUUAGACUGUCAACAUUACAAUCAGUUUUGAACCAAGAUACUAAUUUCUAUUUCUGUGAAAAAAGCACAGAGUCUCCUGUCACUGCUACCGUUGAAAAUAUAGCUUUUGAUGCAAUCAAAGAGGAGACUUAUGCCUUAAAAUGUGAACAAAAUAACGAAUGCGAAAUAGAACUGAAACUUAACAAUGAAAUUAAGGAUGAGAAAGUUGAUUUAGAACAAGAAAUAUUAAAUAAUUUAUUCGAUGCCAACAUAACUAACAUUGAUAAUAUCAAAGAUGAAAUUGAGGAAAGUGAUCAUCAUUACGAUGACUUAUUGAAUUUGGAUGAUUUUAAUGAAGAAAAUAAAAAGAAAGAAGUUAAAAGAAGAGAGAAACGCAGGAGGAAAGACUUCCGGCGUCCGUAUAAAGUUAUAUACAAGAAUGGUGAUAAUAUAUACGGUUUGUAUGAUACAGUGCCAGUAGAGUCCUCGGAGUUAAAUUUGCUUAGAGAGAAACAGAGGUUGUCCAAGGAUUAUGUGAAAAUGACGUAUAAGUGUGAGUUAUGCAUUGUUGGGUAUCCAAAUAAGAAUACAUAUUUACAACAUUUGAGAAGUCAUGAUAAGUUCAACAAAAAAUAUGAAUGUGACACCUGUCACCAAAGAUUUGACGCGAAGAACUAUCUGGUGAAACACUGUAGUACGCACUUGUACAAAUAUGUGUGUAAAAUAUGCAACGAAGAGUUCUUAAGGAAGCAAUAUGUUCAGAGACACGUGAGACAUGAACACGAUAGAGCGUAUGAAUGCAGAUAUUGCGGCAGACAUUUCCAGUGCAAAGUCGAAAUCCUCUCGCAUUUCAAAACACACAUAGAGUUUGUAUGCGACAUAUGUGGAAAGGUGGCUUUAAAAAAGAGUGUAUUGGAACGGCAUAUGAGAGUGAGACACCUGCCCCACAUUUGCAAGAUAUGCAAUAUCACGUUCAAAACAAAAAGAAGUCAUCGUAGUCAUAUACAAAAGAAACAUAUUAAAAGUCGAACGGAAGACGCAUUCUGCGUAGAAUGUAACGUUCAAUUUGACAACGUGCCUACGUAUAAAAUGCAUCUGAACACGAGUGUCAAGCAUAAACCUAAAAGUAAUGUGAAAUACCCGUGCCCGGAAUGCCACAAGUUGUUCAAUAAGAAAAUGAAUAUGAAGUAUCAUUACAACUACGCACAUAUAGGCCGUACUAAAUUCUAUUGCGAGGCGUGUGCUAAGUAUUUCCUGAACAAUUACCAACUGCGGCGGCACAAGGCGGCGUUCCACGAUAAAAUCAAGCCGCUAAAGAACAAGUUCUGCCCGCAUUGCGGGAGAGGAUUUUCUGAACGCAGGAUUCUAAACAACCACAUAAGAACUCACACCGGCGAGCGGCCGUUCGUGUGUGCUGUGUGCGGGGCGGCGUUCACGCAGGCCUACCCGCUCACCACGCACAUGAGGUCUGUGCACAAGAUCGGGACUAAACCUGUGUGUUCUGUUAGUCUUGUGUCAGUUUUCAACAUGGCGUCUGCUAGUCAUAUCGAAAUUAAAUGCGAACCAGAUUUACAUACUCUCGUGAAGACCGAGACUGAUAUUUCUGAAGAAAAUCAACAAAUGAAGACAGUAAAUGAAAUAAAAGUGGAAUAUGAAAUUGAAUCACAAUGCAACAUUCCAUUGAAGAGUUACAGCGUUGAGCAGCAAUGCAAGGUUAAGACGGAGGAGCAAUGCAGUGUGAAUGUGAAAAUGGAACCAAUCAAUGAUGAUGAUGAUGAAGGUAAUAUGAGUACAGGUCUACAUAUUACUUUUAAUUUAACAUUUUUGUCGAUAGAUGGUGCUGUUCAGAAACCGGAUACGUCGAAACUGAAAGAAGCCAACAAUAUGAAUAUACCGCCUCCAAAAAAUUCAAGCGGUGGCGUUACUAACGGGAAAUCAAAACGAGAAAAUCGCUGUAAAAGCAGCGAGAAACGACGAGAAACAGAAAGAAAGGAAAGCCUCAAAUGUGAAUAUUGCGACAAAACAUUCGGCAGACUUCCCAAUUUAAAGGCACAUUUAAGGACUCAUACCGGCGAAAAACCUUACGAAUGUAGUUUUUGUAAGAAAAGGUUUAGUGAUAGGAGGAAUUUGAGAACACACGCGAGGCGACAUACGGGCGAGAGACCUUUUCAUUGUGAAGUUUGCAAAAGUAUGUUUUCAAGGAAAGAUCAUUUGCAGCAACAUAUGAGAUCGCAUUCCGGUGAGAAGCCGCACGAAUGUUUUGUAUGUCACAGUCGAUUUAGAGAGAAAAGUUCGUUGAAUAGACACGUCAAAGUGGUACAUUAUAGAUAGAAUAUAUCAAACAAUAUCAUUAAAUAUAAUAAAACAGUAAAAAAAAUUAUCUGUUCAUGGAGUAUUCCUUGGGGUGGGAUACUAUACAUAUUAUAAUCACUACUCUUUCCCAGUAAGAUUUUUUAUAGACCAUCUCUUGAGGCACUGAAGUAAAAAUCUAAGUAGGUCUUUAAUUGAAAAAUACAUUUAUAAAUUAUAAUAUACUU